AGGGGGGGAACGGGGGGAGGAGGGUGCUGUCCCAGGUCCCUACCAGGUGCCCGUAGACGUCGGCGGGCUGGAGGUGGAAGGUGGCGUUGAGCAGCUCUUCCAGCCUGCGCGGCACGUCGUUCUCCCGGUAGUACUCCAGCGCCUGCUGCUUCCGCCUCUGCAGCUCCCCGGUGGUCCCGCAGCCGCGGCCGCCGCCUCCGUCCCCCAUGCCAGGCUGACAGCACAUGAGGGAAACACACAGCUCCUGUGUUGAUGUUGAGAAUACAAAGUCCAGGACUGUCUUUUGUAGGAUGGAGAGCGUCGGCGUGUAUAAGUUCUGCGGGUGUACGUCGAAGAACAAAAUGAAGUGCGACUCGCGGUGGGAGGUAACCGCUGCAGAAACGGCCCCCACGUCUGCGUAUUCAUCUCCUGCCCGGAGUCUUGGGGACACAGGGAUCACGCCUCUGUCCCCUUCCCAUAUCGUGAACGAUGCCGACUCCAGCGUGGCGGAGCAGCAGACGUUCCUCGUGGUGGUGGCCGUGGACUUCGGGACCACGUCCAGCGGCUACGCCUACAGCUUCACCAAGGAGCCCGAGUGCAUCCACGUGAUGAGGCGGUGGGAAGGAGGUGACCCCGGGGUGUCCAGCCAGAAGACGCCCACCACCAUCCUGCUGACCCCCGAGAGGAAGUUCCACAGCUUCGGGUACGCGGCCAGGGACUUCUACCACGACCUGGACCCCACCGAGGCCAAGCAGUGGCUGUACCUGGAGAAGUUCAAGAUGAAGCUGCACACGACCGGGGACCUCACCUUGGAUACAGAACUGACAGCGGCCAAUGGCAAGAAGAUCAAAGCCCUGGAGAUCUUCGCUUACGCCCUGCAGUACUUCAAGGAGCAGGCGCUGAAGGAGCUGAGCGACCAGGCGGGUUCGGAGUUCGAGAACGCGGACGUCAGAUGGGUCAUCACGGUGCCUGCCAUCUGGAAGCAGCCCGCCAAGCAAUUCAUGAGGCAAGCUGCCUACCAGGCGGGCCUGGCCUCCCCCGAGAACGCGGAGCAGCUCAUCAUCGCCCUGGAGCCCGAGGCCGCCUCCAUCUACUGCCGGAAGCUGCGGCUGCACCAGAUGAUCGAGCUGAGCAGCAAGUCCGCGGUCAAUGGGUACAGCUCCAGAGACACAGUAGGAGCUGGGUUUGCACAGGCUAAGGAGCACGUGCGGCGCAAUCGGCAGAGCCGGACCUUUUUGGUGGAGAAUGUCAUAGGCGAGAUCUGGUCCGAGCUGGAGGAAGGCGACAAGUACGUGGUGGUGGACAGUGGCGGUGGCACCGUGGACCUGACCGUCCAUCAGAUACGGUUGCCGGAGGGACACCUCAAGGAGCUCUACAAAGCCACAGGCGGGCCCUAUGGCUCCUUGGGAGUGGAUUAUGAGUUUGAGAAGCUCCUGUGCAAGAUAUUCGGAGAGGAUUUCAUCGAGCAGUUCAAGAUCAAGCGUCCCGCCGCCUGGGUCGACCUGAUGAUCGCGUUCGAGUCUCGCAAGAGGGCGGCCGCCCCGGACCGCACCAACCCGCUGAACAUCACGCUGCCCUUCUCCUUCAUCGAUUACUACAAGAAGUUCCGCGGUCACAGCGUGGAGCACGCCCUGCGCAAGAGCAACGUGGACUUUGUGAAGUGGUCCUCCCAGGGGAUGCUGAGGAUGAGCCCCGACGCCAUGAACGCCCUCUUCAAGCCGACCAUCGACAGCAUCAUCGAGCACCUGCGGGACCUCUUUCAGAAGCCCGAGGUGUCGGCCGUCAAGUUCCUGUUCCUGGUGGGCGGCUUCGCCGAGGCGCCGCUGCUGCAGCAGGCGGUGCAGGCGGCCUUCGGGGACCGCUGCCGCAUCAUCAUCCCGCAGGACGUGGGCCUCACCAUCCUCAAGGGCGCCGUGCUCUUCGGCCUGGACCCGGCGGUCAUCAAGGUGCGCCGGUCGCCGCUCACCUACGGCGUGGGCGUGCUCAACCGCUACGUGGAGGGCAAGCACCCGCCCGAGAAGCUGCUGGUGAAGGACGGCACCCGCUGGUGCACCGACGUCUUCGACAAGUUCAUCGCCGCCGACCAGUCGGUGGCGCUGGGCGAGCUGGUCAAGCGCAGCUACACGCCCGCCAAGCCGUCCCAGCUGGUCAUCGUCAUCAACGUGUACAGCUCGGAGCGCGACGACGUGAGCUUCAUCACCGACCCCGGCGUCCGCAAGUGCGGCUCGCUGCGCCUGGAUCUCAGCGGCGCGGCCGGCGGCCCCGCCGCGCCCGCCCGCAGGGAGAUCCAGACCCUCAUGCAGUUCGGCGACACCGAGAUCAAGGCCAUGGCCGUCGACGUGGCCACCUCCAAGAGCGUCAAGGUGGGCAUCGACUUCUUGAAUUACUGACCGGGACCCUCCCGGCCGCCUUGGCCCCUCGGACUCAGCCCACCCGCACCUGCCGACCUCAACCCCGACCGUCCUGAUCCCCUGGCCCUUGACCCUGGACACGGCGCUGCGCACCUGGACGGCAGCGGGGAAGAGGAGACCAGAGCUUAGGAAUGCCCGGGCUGGAAGCACGGAGGGGUUUGGAGGGCGCACCGGAUUGAGGUUUGGGGAGAGCAGCUGGUCUCAUGGGCCCCGGUGGCCAAACACCCACUGGGCAAGGGAGCCGGCACAUCUCUGCAGAGGGAUGAGCUCACUCCCAACCUCCCCUGCGAGCAGAACUUGGGAUGCUCUGAGGCUGUCCUGGGUUCGAAAGGAGAGCAGGACGAGAUUCUCCAUCUUCCUGAGGCUAUUCCUUUCACCCCUCUUUGGUGGCAGUUGCUGUAACACACACACACACACACACACACACACCCGCCAUGCACCUCAUUGCUUUUUUUGGUCGUGCGAUUGGAAGUGGAGAUUCCGUGGGAAGCUGGAGCGCGUUUCCCGGUAGGAGAAGACUGCCUGCCCUGGGCACUAGUUUAGGUUCUCAUUUCAAUUCCACGCUGGUUCCGGGGAGCAUCGCUGAGGCCUGGGCGGAUCCCCGGGGAGUGGUGUGAGUGGGAGAGCGGACACCUCAGCGUGCCAGCGGGUGGAAACUCGCUGCGAUGGAAAUGCAGGUGAAAGAGCUCCCGGCAUCCCAUUCGCCGUGUCACUCACUUCCGGCAUCAGAAGGCCAAGUCCCCAUUUCUGAAUUCAUCAGGAAUUCUAGGACUUCCGGGUGA